GCUGACUAUUCUCCUGUUGUUUUCCCCCAUCAACAGUGCAUCAUCCACGCACAUUGCCCUCACGACGAGGCCGUGAGCCAAGUUCAGCAUCCUGUUGGGGGCGUAAUCCAUCCAGAAUUGAGGCAAUGGGUCUCAGUUCAACCGAAAAGACUAUGUGUAGCUGAGUCGAGCAUGGAUAGCCUGAGGAAGAGAUCUUCAACCAUGGGCGAACGAAAGGGACAGGGCCAUUGCGACUUGGGAAUCAAUCACAGCACAAAUGCGAGCAGUACGGCCCGCUUUGACGCGAAUUGGGGAAUGGUACCUAUGGUAACGCCAGAAGGAACCUAGGUCAGAUUAGAGAGCAGCUUCUUAUACAAUGAGCACUGAUCGAGGGAAGGCUAGCACUAUCAAUUGAGGAUCGUUAGCGCAUAACAUUAAUAUGAGUCACAAAGGACAACAGAUCGAGGCUCCAAAGGUAUAGUAUACGUUGACAAGGUGACGAACAUCAACAACAAUGAGGGCAACUCAAAACAGCAGCACUGCUGGGACUGAUAGCUUCUUUAACUGACAGUUCACCACGUACCACCUCCAGCGCAUCUUGACAGCACCACACCAUCAUCACACUCAUAUCGAACAAAAACAGCAAACUUAGGAGCUUCAUUUCCACAAUCCCAAGACUAGCUUUGCAAGCGCAACGCAAAAGCCCAGAAUAGACGUGAGCUUGGCCAAGACCAGCUAUUCGCAAUACUAUCGAUUCCAAGUUUCGAUAGCUCGACGCUUCGACCAUACUAUGGCAGAAACCCCUGCGUUCAGCUUGGCCUCGACCUCUAGUGGUCAACAGGGCUCCCCUCCCCUAUCUGGGGCAGAUCAUCGGGACGAGCAGACCUUCCUUCUUGGCUCCAGUUGUGGCAAAAGCGUCCAAGGCACCAGAGCGUGCGAAAGCGAGAGUGAAGAUGGAAAUGACAUUUAGCUUAAUAGAUGACAUUGCUUUUUGGCUAUACGACGGGGUCUGAGCACGGGUGGCCAAGGCAUAAUGGGCUGAUGGAAAACUCAAUGUUUCCGUGCAUCGCUCAUCUGUCAUCACUAUGGAUAUAGUAUGCGCUGAACUGUAAUGGAUUAGGCCAAGACGUGUACGAAUGCCUGUAUGCUUCUGCAUCGGUAGCAUGUUCGCAUGACCAAAAGAUUCCCCUAUUCCAUGGUGCAGGCCAACACGACAGCAACGGCCAACGAAGAGCUCACCAAGAAGGGAAAAAAACAGACUCAGGCGCUGUUUGAGAGUGACAGGCCUGCAUGGAACUAUCACCGUUGGCGUGGUGCGCUAACACAAAUCGUGUCCGGUGACAGGGACAGCAUUGGUAAAGCAGAACGAGAAAGUGGACUACGAUUUAUAUGGGGAAAAAAAGAGGAAAUAUUUACGAUUUCAGGUUAUUUCGCACUGGAAUGCGGCUUCAACCGACAGAACGUGUCGUUUUGUAUCGUCUUGUCUCACAGCGGGAGAUGGCUCUCCACUCCCCCAGCCGCUGAGCACUUUGAGGCUUGAAGUUGGUUGAAUCAACUUCAGUUGAGGAGAGCGACAAGACGAGGAUAUUAAUUGGUCCCUGGGGCUAUCGCGUGGGAACGAGCAAGG